AUGCUGGUUUGGGUACUUAACAUAUCUCGUUAUGAGAAAUACGGGGUUCUACUUACUGCCCGAGAUGAGGAAGGCCAUCGGAUGCUAAUCAAAAUUGCUGAUGUUGGCAAUCAGCUUGCAAUUUUACCAAAAGAGGAAAAUAGUCAUUUUAUGGGCUUAUUAGGAAAGGAGGUGGAUGCCUGGUUGGCACGAGAGGGUCUAGAGAGUAAGUGUAGCUGGGAGAAGAAGAUGUGGUGUUUUGGAGGAGAGGCAGCGCGGGAAGAGAAUCGGUUGAUGGUUGAUUUGUCCUACCAAAGAGCAAUGAGUGUUGUGCCGUUGCAGCAAUACCGGAGUAUUCAUCGAGUUUACAAUAGUCCGAUCGAAUCCUUUAUUCUCCAGAAAAGAAUCAAAGGACCGAGUUUGGUAAAGAUUGAUCGAGUGGAGAAUGGGUUUGCUUUGAUGGCUGGGAUUGAGGUCGUUAGUUAUGGACUGCCAGAGUUAAGGAUUGCUUAUGUCCAGGUAGAUCGGGAAGACCGGCCUGGCAUAGUAAGUGUGCUGGUGGAGAAGAAAAGGAGCAAUUGUUCCAAACGCACUAAAGUCUCUUUAGAUGCUGAUCUGUUGCAGUUUCAGAGUGAAGCAUCUGAUUUGGAAUGUGUGAGUUUGGUAGUAUCAGCGCCUGAUGUAGUGGAUAGGCCGGAUGGUGCGAUGGAAACCGGGCAGAUCAAGGAUUCUAGCUCGGUUGUGCAGUGUAGGGAUGAGCAGGAUCUGAUGAAGCAAAUGUGUGCUUGGCUGGAGGAGAAAGAAGUAGAUCUGGUGAUAGGAUGCAAUAUAGACCGAAAAGUGUGGAUAGAAACGACUUAUGAGUGGCAGAAAGAAAUGCUGGUUUGUGAUUUGGGCCGGUUUGUACAGUCGGUUAAUCGAUUGAACGAGUACUCUUUGGCCGAAAUGGUGUUGGGAUACGGGGUGAGAGUAGAGUCACUGGAAGUUGAGCAGGAUGGAUCGGCAUUAGAGUUGGCUUUGCAACAACGCAAGGUUCCAGGAGCUGUGGCUGGAAUGGCUCGAAUCAAUGAGUCAAGACUAGGCGUAGCUGAGAUACAAGCUGUGGUUAAAAAAGGAGAACUGCUUGGCUUGGCUGAGAAACUAGCUAUUGUAACUGGAUGCCCGCUGAAUAAGAUCUUCGGGGGCAGCAAGGCCGAUCGAGUGGAGCACUUGCUGCUACAUCGCAUGAACGAGCAGAACUACCUAAUUCCCAGUCGGUGUGCAGAGCAGAAAUCGGCUAGAGACACAUACGCUGGUGGCUAUGUCUUUCUAGAGCGACCGGGUCUUUAUGACCAAAACUACAUUGCGCUCUUUGACUUCAACUCCCUUUAUCCGUCGAUCAUUCAGGAGUACAAUGUCUGCUUUUCCACGGCUAAGAAGCUGUCCAUGGACACAAUCCCGGCCACCACUACAUUACUGCCGCCGACAGUAAGGGAGUUAGUGGAGAAACGAGCUGCUAUUAAGCGCCAAAUGAAAGAAGCUGAUCCGGCGGAGCGAGCUCUAUUGGAUAUUGAGCAGAAUGCUGUGAAGCUGGUAGCUAACUGUAUUUACGGCUGUCUGGGCUUUAAAGGCUUCCGGUUCUACAAUAAGACCUUGGCCGCCUUUAUUACCGAGUGUGGGCGUACGAUCUUGAAACGCACUAAAGAGCAAAUUGAGCAAGCUGGCUACCGCGUGAUUUAUGGUGAUACUGACUCGGUGAUGGUUGAUACGGGAAUACCCGUUAGCGGGCCUUUGCCGGCCGAUCAGUUCAUUGCACAAAUAUCACAAAGUAUUAGCAAGCGCUAUCAGCGCAUUUCGUUGGGGUUUGAGAAGGUCUUUAAGACCGUUGUUAUGCUGGCCAAAAAGAAGUACUUUGGGAUCUACUUGCAACAGGGCGAAGAAGUGGUUGAAGAGAAAGGCUUGGAAACCGUGCGUCGCGACUGGGCUGAAGUGGCUAGUACGUCCACGUCCCAAGUACUUCGUAUUUUAUUGAGUUCUGGUGAUCCCGAAACGUCAAUCUUGGAAUAUCUCGAGCAGUUGCAGGUGCAGCUGCCAAACGAGCCUAAAGAGCGGUUUAUUAUGCGAAAGAAGUUGACUAAGAACAUAACUGAAUAUGCCGAAGGGUCGCUAGGGGCACAGCCCCAAGUUAUGCUGGCCUUACGUCUGUAUCAGGAGCAGAAAGCUCACUUCCAUCCGGGUGAUAUUGUUCCUUUUGUAAUGACUGCUUAUGAGGGUGCUUCUCGUCCUGAGCUCUUGUCUGAAGGAAGCCCGAUUGACAUUGACUAUUAUGUGCGCAUGCAAAUAAUACCACCCAUUCAGCGGAUGCUGGAACACUUCCCAAAUGUCUCGCUGGCGAAGAUUAAGCGGGUGUUUGGGAUCGAAGAUAAGAAGGAGCGCACUGCUCGAACUGGCGGUGGAGCUCAGUAUAGUCAGUUGCCAAUAAUCGUGUCGCCAUGUUGCCGCCUGGAGCAGCCCUUUGGACUGAGUUGUCCCAAAUGUACAUUGCUGUUUAGUCGUGAGUUUCUGUAUGAUUUGGUUCAGCAGAUAGUGGCUGACCGGAUAGGAACUCUUUACAAGCUGAGGCGAUGGUGCAAGAAGUGCAAUAAGGAAUCCACGCGGCAGUUGUCUAUUUGUUUGGAAUGCUCGAGUGAUUUGCUGGUAAGCACACCUGACUUUAAGACCUUUUAUGAGUUCUUGUGCGAGCUUGGGGAGGUAAUGGCCGGGACUGAGUUUGCUGAUAUUAUUUCGGCCCUGUUGAAGUACAGCACGCAUUUGCAUAUUGAUUUGAAUGAGCUGCCUUUGAACUGCUUCACUGAAAUAGGCUAUCCGGCUGCUAUGUUUGGUCGGCUAGAUAAAAUGAACCAGUACUUCAGUUAA